CACAGAAACUGGGCUCUGCUGUGAUGUCAGAUGGGGUAUAAGAGUUGUGGCCAUGCCUUUGCCCUCCUGUUUGUGGAUUCAGCCCGUGGUCGUCUACAACGCCAGACCACCUUUUCAGGAGCCUUAAAGGAGCCUCAGGAGUGAUGGCGUUCCAGUCAGGUGUGAUCAGCUCGCAGCCUCAGGUCUCUGUCACACAGUACUCUGUGUCCCCUGGGUUAACAGACUGGAGUUCAAAUGUGUGCGACUGCUGUGAGGACUGUGGCAUCUGUCUUUGUGCAACAUUCGUCCCUUGUAUCCUGGGCUGUAAGGUGGCUCAGGACAACGGGGACAGCUGCUGCCUGCCCUUCCUUCCUGGUGCCAUGAUAGCUUUGAGGACAAGCAUGCGCAGCCGAUACCACAUUGACGGCUCGGUAUGUGAUGACUGGGUGGUCAUGGCCUGCCUGCCUCUGUGUGGACUGUGUCAGAUGGCACGUGAGCAGAAGAGGAGAGGAUGAAAAGAUAGAAAUGAAUCUGUUUUUUUAAAACUACAAAGAAAGAGGAAAUGUGGAAAUUCCUUGUUUUGUACACGAUUUCUGUAUUUCAAAUAAAAAUUGAAAUGUA